AUGUCUGAUAAAAAAUUUCACAAAAUUAAAAUACACGUUCAAACUUUUGAUGUAAACAGGUUCGACAGGAAUGGUAUGUUAAUAGAAAAGCAAGUAAAAGCCUCGCCUUCACAAUCAAAACCAGCACCACGACCACGAAACACCCCACGGCAACUUCAAAGAUUGCAGUUAAUGCAAGACCGUGAAAAUUACAUGAGUAUUGUCGAUAAAAUCAUUGAAGAGCAAGGUGGCGAAUAA